CCUGUUGGUCAGCGGUAUUCGUUCGGCGGCCAUGUUGAUAACAAAGCCGAAAGAGUUUAGUUUGUGCCCCAACAAGAUUAGCUAGGGAUGAGAAAUAUAGUCAUUAUACUAUGGACGAGGAUGUUCUCAAGGAGGCAAUAGAACAGUACAAACAGCAGAUUAUACAAAUACAGACAGUAUUGGAGUCAGGACAGAUAGAAGGGAGAGCUGAGUUGGCCAAAUUGAAAGAUGACCUAACAGAACUGAUUCAAGUCACUGAAGAAAGUUUGUUGUCACUUAAGAAAAGUCAACUUUUACAACUGCUUGAGCAGCAAGAGUCAUCACAUCAUGAUAGUGGUACUCCAGAGACAGAUACAAAGACUAGUGUAGAUUAUAGAAACUCCUAUGUUAAUGAUCACACAAUUGAUGAUAAUGAUGAUGAAGAUAAUGAUGAAAAUAUAAUUGGGACUAAAUGUAGAGUAGCCUUCACACAGGAAUGGGGAGUAAAGGAACACCAUAAUGCAAUGGUAUUCAAGCUUGAAUCAAUACCAUUAGAUGAAGAGACUGUUGACCAGGCAAAGGUCAGAGUAUUAUUCCUGAAUCCCACUCAUAGGUCCAUGGUUCCUUGCCCAUAUUUUCUUGAAGGAAAGUGCAAGUUUGCUGGAGCAGAGUGCAGGUUUUCUCAUGGAUAUCUGGUUGAUGUUGAGCAUUUGAAGCCGUUUAAGGAGCCAGAUUUCAGUUCAGUCAAGGCAGGUCAAAGAUGCCUGGCACGGUAUAGUGAUGGAGUAUGGUACAACUCAACGAUCAAAUCAAUCAAGCAUGAGUCUCAUGAGUUUUUGAUUCACUACGAGACAUACAACACAGAUGCAACCCUCCCUCUAGAUGAUAUCUACCCCUUAGGCCCUGAAGAGGUAGAAAGUGACUCUGAAUCUGACAGCCAAUCAGAUACUGGCGACAGCAGCAGCAGCAAAGCAGCUAUUGAACAAGAUGAUGACGUCAUUCGAUAUGCAUGGAAGCCCACGGGGGCUUUGUCCUCUCUUGGGGACUGGGAACAACACACUAAGGGUAUUGGUUCCAAGUUGAUGGCUAAAAUGGGAUACAUAUUCGGCAAAGGCCUAGGAAAGGAUGGAGAAGGGAGAGUGGAGCCAAUAGAAGUCGUGGUAUUACCCCAGGGAAAAUCGCUUGAUAAAUGCGCCGAGCUUAGAGAGAAGAACAAACUAAAAGAGCCUUUCAAAAGAAAGAAGAAAAAGUUAGUUGUUGCGUCAACUACUUCAGCUUCCCAGGGUAAAGCUAGCGACGUGUUUGACUUCAUUAACCACAAACUCGGACACAGCAAAGGGAGCUUACAUGACCUCCGGGUUUCACAUCCUGGGGCAAAACCCGACAUACGAAAGACCAGGAAAUCUGCAGAUGAAAACACCAAUUGGAAUAUCCAGCUUUUCAAGAUUCACGAGGAGAUUUCCUCCGUCAAGAAACAGCUAAACAAGCAAGAGGAGGCUCUUCAGCGGCAUACCACGCGGGAUUCUAGGAAUAAAACCAUUUUUACGGAAAAGCGAGACAGCGUACACAACCGACUACAGGAACUGCUUAAGAAAGAGAAAAAGAUACAAGAAAAAAUACACCAAAAGGACCAGCAUCGAAAACUCACGGUCUUUUGACCGUAAUCCCCUACUAAGAGACACUGGGCGAAUACAAAUAGGUGUAUUGUACAGCUAGGGUGCUACGCGCCCACUCAUUGGAGGGGGUAUACCACACAGUACGUGAGGGAGGGACUUCUUUCUAGAAAGAAGAUAUAUUAGAAUAUAAGAAUAUCAAACCCAUGGCCAGAAGCAUGCAGACAGAAACUAGACCAGAGUAAAGACAAAAAUUCUGUUAUUUCGGGCGGGGCAAAAAACCUUUAAGGUUGUAAGGCCUGCUCAGAAACAAUAAAACACUUUGCGAUGAAAAAAAAAUCUAAAAAUGGAAUAUUUAUCAUUUCCAUCAGAUCCCGUACGGCACACUCGGACUAUGGAGAGCUAUGUAAAAUGUAAAAUGUAAAUAAAACUGGUAUAGUCAAAA